AUUCCAGAACCCAGUAGCAUCGAAGCGGCUAGUGGAUUGCAGUUUGACAGUGGUUGUCGUUGAGGUUGUCGCUUAGCUUCCAGGUGCUUGAUUUUGCUUGGAAAUUUUACUUCGGUAAAAAAAAGUAAUAAAAGCGUGGACUACGUCUCAAAGGAGCCUUACUUCAUUUUUCAUUUUGAGAUUAACGUCAGAUAGCGGACUCCAUUUUUGAAACCCCAACGCCAGGUUAAAUCAAGAUGUUGAAUUUGGCAAGAACAGCUUCGAGAAAUCUCUCUCACUCCCAGAAUAACACAAGAGGUGUGUCCUCUUUGGUGAAGAAGGCUUGCUCCAAUGGAUUGAGGCAAGAUGCGAUGAGAGUCUUGAUCAGAAGAGACUAUGCAUCAGAGGCAAUUAAAGGAUCCGUGAUUGGGAUUGACCUCGGCACCACUAACUCAUGUGUGGCCGUUAUGGAGGGGAAACAGGCAAAGGUCCUGGAGAACUCGGAGGGAGCCAGAACCACACCGUCCGUCGUGGCUUUUACCGCUGAUGGAGAGAGGCUCGUGGGCAUGCCGGCCAAGCGCCAGGCCGUCACCAACCCCAACAACACCAUGUAUGCCACUAAACGUCUCAUAGGGCGCCGCUUCGAUGACGCAGAAGUGCAGAAGGACCUGAAAAAUGUCCCGUACAAGAUUGUCCGUGCCUCCAACGGUGACGCUUGGGUGGAGGCUCAUGGGAAACUGUACUCGCCAAGUCAAGGUGGCGCCUUCGUGCUGAUGAAGAUGAAGGAAACCGCAGAGAACUACCUGGGACACAACGUGAAAAACGCCGUGAUCACCGUCCCAGCCUACUUCAACGACUCCCAGAGACAGGCUACAAAGGAUGCUGGGCAGAUUGCAGGCCUGAAUGUCCUGCGCGUCAUCAACGAGCCAACCGCUGCCGCCCUCGCCUACGGCCUGGAGAAGACCGAGGACAAAAUCAUUGUAGUGUAUGAUCUGGGAGGCGGCACCUUCGACAUCUCUGUGCUGGAGAUCCAGAAGGGCGUCUUUGAGGUGAAGUCCACCAAUGGAGACACAUUCCUGGGGGGCGAGGACUUCGACCAGCACCUUCUCACGCACAUCGUGAAGGAGUUCAAGAGAGAGUCGGGUGUGGAUCUGCUGAAGGACACCAUGGCGCUGCAGCGAGUGAGGGAGGCAGCGGAGAAGGCCAAGUGUGAGCUCUCAUCCUCGCUACAGACUGAUAUCAACCUGCCCUACCUGACCAUGGAUGCCUCUGGCCCCAAGCAUCUGAACAUGAAGCUGACACGCUCCCAGUUCGAGGGCAUCGUGUCCGAUCUGAUCCGCCGCACCGUGGCCCCCUGCCAGAAGGCCAUGCAGGACGGGGAAGUGUCCAAGAGUGACAUCGGCGAGGUGCUCCUGGUCGGCGGAAUGACCCGGAUGCCAAAGGUCCAGCAGACUGUCCAAGAUGUCUUUGGCCGCGCACCAAGCAAGUCGGUCAACCCUGACGAGGCGGUGGCGAUCGGAGCAGCCAUUCAAGGCGGAGUCCUGGCCGGUGACGUCACCGAUGUGCUGCUGCUGGAUGUCACGCCCCUUUCGCUCGGCAUCGAGACGCUCGGGGGGGUUUUCACCAAGCUGAUCAACCGCAACACCACCAUCCCCACUAAAAAGAGUCAGGUGUUCUCUACAGCUGCUGAUGGCCAGACACAGGUGGAGAUCAAGUGUUGCCAGGGCGAGAGAGAGAUGGCUGCAGACAACAAAAUCCUUGGCCAGUUCACCUUGGUGGGAAUUCCCCCGGCUCCCCGAGGAGUGCCCCAAAUCGAGGUCACAUUCGACAUUGACGCCAACGGUAUUGUCCACGUCUCGGCUAAAGACAAGGGCACUGGACGCGAACAGCAGAUUGUUAUCCAGUCGUCUGGUGGUUUGAGCAAAGACGACAUUGAGAACAUGGUCAAGAAUGCUGAGAAAUAUGCAGAGGAGGACAGGAGGAGGAAGGAUCGCGUCGAAGCUGUCAACAUGGCUGAGGGGAUUGUCCACGACACAGAGUCCAAGAUGGAGGAGUUCAAAGACCAGCUUCCCGCUGAUGAGUGCAACAAGUUGAAGGAAGAGAUCGUGAAAGUGCGAGACCUCUUGUCGCAAAAGGACACGGAGACGGGCGAGAACAUCAAACAGGCGGCAAACACCCUUCAGCAGGCCUCACUCAAGCUGUUCGAAAUGGCUUACAAGAAGAUGGCGGCAGAAAGAGAGGGUGGCAGCGGUGGAAGCGGUGGCAGCGGCGGCUCCUCCAGCGGCUCCUCCAGCGGCGGCUCCAGUGCGGGCGGAGAAGAGAAGAAGGAGGGACAGCAGUAGAGUCUAGAGGCACUUGAUCACUUGUGUUGGAGACUAAAGGACUGAAAGGCUUAGGAUCCUGGAGGAGACACUUAUCCUGAGCGUUCGAUUGCAUUUAAAGCCAUUCUCACAUACUGUGUUUUUGCAGUAAAACUGACCGUAUAUAUAUAUCAUCAGUCUGUUAAACCCCUCUCUCCUUUCUGCAUCCCUCUUUGUAAGUCAAUAGCUCCAAUUAUUAUUAUUAUUAUUAUUAUACUUUUGUUCUUCCCCCGAACUCAUUGGCAACCAUCUGUGAACUUGUGUAGAUGUCUUGUAGAAGUUAAAUGUUCAUCUGAUCAUUUCCUCUGUUUUAAUGUUCCUCACUAUGACUAUGAGUCACAGGGUCGACGUGACCCGCUCACAUGUUUUAGGAUGAUUUUCAGCCCUAGCAAGCGUUCAAGACGUGCAUACACAUGAAGGGAGUAGGAGGUCUUGUCCUUGUUCAAGUAGGAGAUGUAUGGAAUAUUAAUAAUACCUAAAUGCCAGUCUGAACUUUGGGCUGAAAUGGCUUGAAUGGAUUAUUCCGUUGAUGAUGGUUUUUAGGUUACCAAAGCCUGAACCGCUUCCUCUAGUCAAGUUGAUAUACUUCCAGGUCAUCAGAGGUCAUCAUACAUGUAGAAUAUUGGCAUCAGAGGUCUUGUUUUUCCAGGAACAUGCAAUGAAUAUAUAUUUAAAUGUGCACAAACAGCUGUAGGCCUAGGUCUGCAAGACUGGCCUCCCAGAAUAUACAGAUCAUUCGUUCUCCUUUCUACACUUUUAAGUUCAUGGCAAUUGUGAAAGAAUGCAUCCAGCCCCCGAGUGGCCUUUAAGAGUGUCAAGGUACCGCUGACAUGCAGGACAGGAUGUGGAAUUAUGUAUGUAUGGAGUGGUAGUUUAAUGUUCUAUGGUGGUGUUAAGUAAUUAUAUACAGAAGGGUUAAAAGAGACGAGUGACAAUUCCAUAGCAAUCUUUUGUAAUAAAAUGUUUAAAUAUU